UGAAAUGACUAUUGGACGGAAACUAUGCAUACGAGGUUUAAGGUCAAUCAAUUAAGACUCAUUCAACAGGUCAGUUAUUCAAAUGAUAGUGCAGGGUAUCGAAAGAUAUCCAAAUUAAUUGAUCAUGAAUCGAUCAGUUAGUAUAUCAGUUAAUCUGUCCAACUGGUCAAUCAUCGUGUCGAUCGUUUGAUCGUAUACUACAUGAAUCAAUAAGUUCUUGACAAUUACUAUCUAAAUGUCCUUAUAAUAGCAUACUGAUCAUAGGUGAUCAAUAAAUUAGUGAUCAAUAGGUGGUCAAUCUAUGAUCACGUAAUGUUAAUGGUCAAUGGGCCAUGUUCAUGUUUUGAUGGAAUGCUUACGGUGUAUUACUGUGACAAAAUAUAUUUCAAAAGUAUGAAAAGCAUGAGUGGACAAGCCUGCAUAAAGGAAUACAUGUGACAACUUCAUUUGAAGUAUCACAUGUCUAUGGCAAAGUUAUGUAGUUUUAAUAGUUACAUGUUAAGUUAGACUCUCUGGCAAUGGGUUUCUUUUUAUCAGAAUUAGCUGCGUCUCCCAGCCCGGCCAGGUCUUUUGUGACUUUCCACAUCGACUCUCCUGACGUCUCACAACAUUAUAACGGCACGUGCUCGUAUCGCAGUUGAUUGUCCGGUACGUGUUGGCGCUAUCUACCCCGCGCCAGCAUCGAGCUGCCACCACAAGCACAGGCCAGAGCUGCCACCACUCAAGUACUCGUACUAUCAGAGUCCCACACGAGCAACGUUGAUGACCUUGUCGCUUCCGUGUACCAGUUGACCCCAUGCAAAAAGUGGUUGGGAUACAACACACAACACAAGGCCUUAAUAUUUGACCGUAUGUACACAUGUACAUGUACAUGCCUACGUGUGGUACAUUUCAACUUAUGUCACUUGUCACUGUCAGAACCGGAUCUUGUGCGUGAGUGUUCAGCCUUGUAUAAAAAUUAUGAUUUGGAUGGCGAUGAUGAUGCUGCAGUUAUCAAUGGAGACACGGUCUUGCCGUUGAAUGUUAGUUGGGAACACGAUACAGUUGUGACCAUAAGCUCGAUGGACACACCAGCGUUGAUGUUUCAUCAGUCAUCACUGAAUGAUGAAUCGUGGUCGACUCCCUUUUUUACGCGACCAGUUCAGUUUAGAUAUGAUUUAACGGUACCAUUAUUUUACUCGUGCCCACUCGGUUUGUGAAGGAUAACUUCUGUGGUAUGACGUGACGGGUGAUUGUAUCUGCUAAGUGGUGCCAGAGGAAGUCAAGCGUGCGCGUUCUUUCUGUGAAACACUCUUUGAAAACGGGUACCGGGACAUAGCGAGCUGCUCUCACAGUGCAGGAAAGACUGACAUUCAAUGACUCAUGGCCAUGCAUGAGAGAUAUGGAACUGAUCAACUUCUAUGGGUGUCAGAACGGGCCAUGUCGUGCGGUCCCGGGACGGGGAGUUCCGGCACCGAGUGUGUGGGCCCAGGCCGCGGUGCUUGCGGCGCUACGGUCGGCCGGGCGUGCCGGUGCGGACACGGUGGCCACUCACUCACGGGCGGGACCCCUUCGUCGUCUGCAUCUGGUCUCCGCACCGCUGAAGAAAAUCACUUCUGUUACCUGCGUACACGAGGAAGCAAUUACCCAUUUACAGAUAUGAGGACCAGGUCGCCAGAAUUUAGAACUGCAUUAUCAGGAAUCGAUUCUAGAUGGUUCAAAGUCAAACGACUCGCAUGGAUAGUUAUUUUGGUGUUUGCCCUGACAUCGCCCUUAGCAGCUGAUGGACUUUCUGUAAACGUCCCAGAAUCCGUCAACGCUACGGCGGGGAAGUCGACGACUAUUCCAUGUUCCUACAAAGACGACAAAGAAGGCGACAUGUUUGAAAUGAGCCACGGCGUCUACUGGACGCGGACAUUUGCCAACGGAUCCACAGAGGUUCUCUUGAACAUGACGCGAUCAUAUUUGAUAUUUGGCAAGUGGUACGAUCGGGCAACAAUCGUCAACCAGGCAUCGCUGGAAAUUUAUGUUGUGACCAGUCAAGAUGCUGGAAAAUACACGUGUGUUGUCGAAGGAAAGCGCGGAACAGCCGAACUUAUCGUUGACAGAACUCCACAUAUUCAAACAGAGUCCCAGGAACUCACUCUCAAUGAAGGACAGACUUUAGAGCUUACCUGCAUUGGGGUGGGCACGCUGGGGUGGCGCUGGCCCCGGCACGAUGAGCAGUAUGCCAAGGUCUCCCAUUACGACAAUCUCUCGCCCAGCCUCCGAAGGAGUGUCCUGCAAAUCCAGCGAGCAUCCCCCUUGGACACCGGCGAGUAUCUCUGCACCAGCAGCUCAGACGGCGACGACGAGGAGAAAUGGACAUCGGUACCAGUUUACAUUUACAUCGUCCAACCCGACGGGCCGUUGUUUUUAGACGUGGACCAAACGAACCUAGUUCACUUCUGGGACGAAACCUCCCUCAUCCCCUGUAGGCUGGCCACACCUGAUGCCACCAUCACUCUCCAUCCCCAGGAGAAGUUCAUCACCGGGGACGGUACCACGCCUGCCCAGGCCGCAGCCUACGACCCCAGACGGGGUUUCGUCAUCCAGCCGGAGUUGCCUGAUUAUGGCGGCAAUGUCUCGUGUCGUGCCAUCCUUGGAAACAGGACCGAAUGGCAAAAUUUCAGAGUCAAUGAUGUCGUGCAACCCAAAUUGUCGGUGGAGAGCUCUGAGAAGGUCAUCUCUCAAGACAGCGACUUGGAGCUGACAUGCAGCGGUCUCCAGCCCAUACGCUGGUUCACCCCGAGCGGCCUGGGUGACCGACUCCAGAUAAACCAUACACAGGCCUACUUGCCCUCCCAGCCAGCCCUGUACAAAAGUACCCUACGUCUGAGUGGCGCACUGAGCAGGGACACGGGCGAGUUUGCCUGCAAAUACCAGCGAUACGCCGAGCUGGAUCGCCCCGAGUUGAAGUCCAGUGUGUACGUUUUCGUCAACUCCACAGAUCUGGAGGAUUUCUUUCUACCAUCCGACGUUGACGUCAUCUACUUAGAAAACCACACGUCGCCGUUCACCGUGCCUUGUAGGGUCAGCAAUCCCCGCCCCGGCGAUCCAGUACGGCUCUAUGCCUUCUACACGGAGACCUUCACCCCGGUCAGAGAUUUUGUCUCUCAGCGGACCGUGACCUUCGACCCCAAGGUCGGUUUCUGGGUCGACACCAAGAAGAAGCUCACGCCCAAGGUGAAAAUCUGGUGCGUCCUGGGGGAGAUAUCCCAGAACCAUUACGUGUCCUUCAAAGUUUUGGUGGAAGGGGAGACGCAGGACAACUUUCAAACAGAAAUACGGCCAUCGGCGAGCCGUCUUGUCCAAGGAGAAGGACCAUUCAGCCUGACUUGCUUGGUUAAUAUUCCCAUCCUAGCAUCCCCUUUUACGCUGGACAUCCAGCCACAGGCAGAAUUCACAUUUCCCGGUCAAGAACAGGAUUGGCAAAAGGAUAAUGCCAGGGUGGAAUCGAAACAUCCGAAAGUCGAUUUCGAAGCUUCAACUGUUAUCUCUGAACACAUCUUAACGCUCCAAAAUGUCAGCCUGGAGAACAGCGGGAUCUUCAAGUGCCGUCUGUUUAAUGUCGAACAGAGCAAAACGCUCAACGCAUCUUUGCGUGUACUUGAGGAGGGCAUUGUUGACCUGACCCCUUAUCCGCCCGGCCAAUCGAUGGUCGAGGAGGUCGAAGGUCAGGACGAAGUCUGCCUCCGAGCUCAGAUAAAAUCAUAUCCAGUGGCUCAGUACUGGUGGAGCAAAAACGGCGUGAACCAGUCGCAGGAGGCAGCCCCCCGUUUCACGGUUCUGGAAGAUCCUCAACCCGCUGACGAUUCUCUGAUCAUCUCCGGAUGCAUUUCAAACGUGACAGCAGAGGAUGGAGGUCUUUACGAGGUGGUCGCAGUCAACCAGUACCACACUCGAAAGCUUACCCUUCAGCUCUCUGUUCUUGAAAUCCCAGAAGUCAAUCUGACGGUGACUCCAGCGCCCACCUAUCAAGACCCACCCCUCUACUUCACCGAGCAGAACUACAGUCUGGUCUGCCAGGGGCGUGGCCACCCCGCCCCACUCCUCUCAUGGGAGUGGCGCAGCUGCACCAGCGAGCUCUGCAACCAUCUCGGGGAGCUGACGGAUGACAACCAGUGGAUUCCCGUCGGGGCUGGGGCCCAAUCGUGGGCGCAGGCAGGAGACCUCUCCGCCCUGGCCUCUGAGCGGAGCACAACGUCGGUCCUGAGCCUGGGAAGGGUGCCGCAGUCCGGCAUUUUCCGCUGUGUGGGCCGGUCGCCGUCGGACCAAAUUCAAGACGUGGUGUACGACACCCUGGAAUAUAGACUGACCGAUUUGAAGUUCAGCCUGCCGGCUGUUCAGGAGGUGAAGACCGUGUACAACUUUGACCAGGCCAGCUUGGCUUGCAAGACGAACAUCUACGCAUUUGCCGAGGAUGCAGCCUGGGACUGGAUCCCCGCCGACAACGCGACCUCGUCGGAGCCCAUCCCAAUCAGCUCCGACGACGAGAGGGUCACGGCCUUGGGGCAGACGGGGUUCCAUUAUACGUCGGAGCUGACGAUAAGCAGGGCCCUGGCCAACAACACGGGGGUGUACCGCUGCUGGGCGCAAAAACGGAGGACCAAUGAAAGUGUGGUCGUGUAUGAAGUACAGCUAAACGUGAAAGAAAUUGUUCUGCCCAGGUUCAUUACGGAGCUGCAACGAACGUACACCCUGGACAGGAAGAAGACCAUCCCCUUCGACUUUGUGCUGGAAUGCCGAGCAAGGGGCGACCCCCUCCCCGAACUGGCCUGGUCUAAAGACGGACGCCCAAUCACCGCCGACAACAGCACCGUCACCAACAUAGAGACAGGGCUCGUUACAAACAACACGGUGGCCUCCAAGCUGUAUCUGUCGCCAGAGGUCACACCAGCCCAUGGCGGGAUGUACGUGUGCCGCGUUGAGAAUAAAGGAGGCUCAGCGUUAUCCGCGGGCGAGUUGCUCAUUCAAGAGAGUCCCACGGCCACCAUCAGCGAGGAAGUCUACACCCACAACAUCGGGGACAACCUGACCAUCCCGUGCAUCAUCACAGGAGAGCCGGCACCCGAGAUCUCCUGGAAGUGGCAACCCCACGAAGGCAAUCAGCUGGAGGACGUGCCCGCAAAGAGGUACGACAACGACGCCCGGGCGCUGGUCUUCAAGCGACUGGCAGAGGCGGACAAUGGCGAGUACACGUGCGUCGCCCGAAAUGACCACGGGGAAGCCAGGGACACCGUGACGCUUGUCAUACACAGGGACAAUGCACUGCUGGUACCCCUGCUAGCCGGUGGUAUCAUCGCUGGCAUCAUAUUUCUGAUCCUGGUCCUCGGCAUAAUAGCCAUGGCAAAGCGGAAUUUCCGAUUGGCUCGGAAGGCCAAACGCAAUUCCGCAAACAUGGAGUUGGGUCUGGUCAAUCCCCGGUCCCCGCGUGGCCCCGCCUCCCCCUUCCGCAUGUCCUUCAAGGAGGAGUUUGGGGACCAGUUGCCCUUUGACCCCCGGUGGGAGUUCCCCCGCGAUCGGCUGAAGCUAGGCUCUGUGAUUGGUCAAGGAGCCUUUGGCAUGGUUCUCAAAGGAGUGGCAGCCGGAAUCAACAAGAAUGAGCGAUAUGUCCCGGUGGCCGUGAAAACCGUCAAAUCUGAUUGUAGUUAUGUCGACCGGAAGGCACUGUUCGGGGAAUUGAAAAUGCUUAUUCAGGUGGGACAUCACCUCAACGUUGUCAACUUCCUGGGCGCCUGCACGCAGGAUUCCCCUCCCCUCGUCAUCGUGGAGUACUGCCCGUACGGGAACCUGAGCGACUACCUGCGCUCCAAGCGCGACACCUUCCAGGCUGUCAAGCCGGCCAAGAGCGAGGCAGAGGAGAACCAGGAGAACGAGCUGAACUACGCCGACCUGCUGCUGCGGGAGGCCUGCGUGAGCGAGCCACCGGCCGCUGAGUACGAGCUAGUGGACAAGGAGGCCAAGCGCAUGGCCGAGAAGCCGUUGUCCGUGGAGGACCUGGUGUGCUACUGCUUCCAGGUGGCUCGGGGGAUGGAGUUCCUGGCUUCCAGGAAGUGUAUUCAUCGGGAUUUGGCAGCCCGCAACGUGCUUCUGGGCGGGAACAACGUGGUGAAGAUUUGUGACUUUGGACUGUCCAGGAGUUUCUACCACGACACCGACUACAUUGGCAGCGGCAAGGGCCUCUUGCCGAUCAAGUGGAUGGCCCCAGAGGCAAUCUUUGACAAGAUCUUUACGACCUACAGUGACAUCUGGUCCUUCGGCGUGUUCACAUGGGAGGUGUUUUCCCUCGGUGGGUCCCCGUAUCCCGGCGUGCAGGUGGACGAGAAAUUCUACGACAAGAUGAAGGCAGGCUACCGGAUGAGCUGCCCAGAGCACGCGCCCAGAGAAGUGUAUAAUCUCAUGCUGGAGUGCUGGAGUGACGAACCCAAGGACAGACCCAUGUUCUCUGAGCUGGCUGGGCAGUUUGGCGAACUCCUGGAAUCAAACACAAGACAGGAGUACAUCGACCUGAACAUACCCUACCAGGAGGGCCAGUAUUGUGAGCUGGAUUUCGGGAAGUUGUCGAUUAACCGCAAGCCGGACACCAUCAAGGAGGAAACCGAAACCCCGCAAAAGCCGUCGGACGGCAAGACGACUCAAGAUGCGGCGGACGAUCACUUUGGUGACCCCACGUAUCACAGGGUGCCAAGAGAUGGGGAGAAGGACCACACCGAGGGGGCGGCACCCCAAACUGAGGAGGGGGGGAACGAGCCCCCAAGCACUGAAAUUCUAGGAGAGGCCAGCCUCAUGCAUCGAUACAGCGCCGGCCCAGGUUCACAGGGUCCCUCCAAACCACAAGUGCAAUUGCCAGACAGCUUGCCAGAGGACCCAUACAAGGGUGGAACGGACGAACCCCUCCACACCUAUACGUCAGUGAAGGGGACACGUCCCGGUUUAAGCUCGGACAAUGUUGCGGGCAGUGGCUUUGCACGUGAUGCGGGCAAGGGCCGAGUUGAUGAUCUACCCUCACCAGACGACAAUAAACUUCACACCUAUGCUUCAAUUAAGGGCUCGCGGCCUGACAAAUCUGCCCCAUCAGAUCCCGACAAGGGCCUGGAGGGGAACCACUUGUACUCAUCCAUCAAGGGGGGCCGGCCCAAUGUGACCCUUGACGCAACCCCAAAGGUCAAAGAUCAGGAUGGCUGCACCGACCCACCGGAAGAAGAGACUUCACUUUUGGGCCGGCCCAAACUGCCAGCGAGAGAUUGCCAGUCAAUGUCGCUGGGUCGGUUGUCAGACGGGAAGUUGGGGCUCCAGAAGCCCCCGCUUCCAAAACGGGAUUUCUCAACUUUGUCAUGGUCACCCGAGAAAGAGACAUUACUAUCGGGGCCAAAAUCGAAGGACACUGACCCACGAUCGGUCCACGUCUGAACCAGAGUUCAAGCGGGGUGCCCACUCUCACAUGUAACACCGACAGUACUGCUGUCACUUGCCACAUUGACAAUACCGACAGUGACAGGGUCAGCCUGACAAGAUGACACAGCCCCAGCAAGGCUGCAUGAGCAACAAAGUGACUUUUUUUUUCGGGCAAUGACGAGUGCCAGUGAUACAAACACCAUUAGAAUUCACACCCCUUUUGCCGUCAAUUUGAACAAUCAACCAAUCUGGCAUCGUGAUAAUUAAUGAAAUGACUGAACAACUCUCGUUGUUUGACAAAGUCCGUGGGUAUAAUCAGGACUGCAGAAAUUUUUCAUAAGGUACUUUUCUACGCUCAACGUCUUAAAAUGAGUACUUGGUAGACUCCGGUAAUGCUUUAUUUUUAUAUUUGGAUAGAGAAAAGUUCUAUUUUAUUUAUUUGUAAAACAUGUUUUAAGUUGAUACUAUACUUUCUGAAAUGAGACUGUGACAAGACAUAAAACUACCCGGGUAAAAAAAAAACCCGAAAGCAUGGGCAAAUUCUAUGCAGCGUUGAAACAAGUAGGUUAACAAGAUUUCCGGUAGCAUCAUGGCUACAUCUCGCUGAGCAUGUGGGGUCCUGAAAAGAACCGGCGGUACUCAACGUUUUGGACAGUGGGCUCUGUCUGUCGUCAGGAGACUGCAGGAGAUUGAAAUUGUAGAAAUUGAUUGGCAGAGAAUAAUCUGCUCAGAAGAAUUUUUGAGAGGGUAACCGGCCGUGCCGAUGUGUAGAUGUUAGGAAUUGGCUGGUAGCCAUUCAGACCCGCUCUACCUUUUUCAAACAGAUAAGUCCGCAUGUCAAAAAUGUUUCUACUGAGGUAUUUUUUGUGCCUGCUAUAAAUGAAAUAAUUUAAAUGUGAAAAUAAAUGGCCAAUUAUGGAGUAUUGGUGUGCAGGUUUUUUUUUUCUAUUCAGAAUAGGAAAAUAUUAGAAUUUUACAAGCACAACCCAUGCAGUUGUGGCAUGACAGGGAGGAUGUAGCAGUUAAAAUUAGUGCCAGCAGUUUCAUUAGAAUCCCUGUGGAUCAUGGGUUCUGAAAAAAUACCUAUUCCAAAAAAAUUGUGGGGUACAAUUUAAUAUUAAAAUUUUGUGAAAUGUUGGCAUUUUCACAAAUAAGAGAUUUUCUUUUAUAUGUAUUGAUUAAAAAGUUUUAUUUAUUCUUUCCAUUUCAGUUUUGGUAUGGUUUUUACUUCUUGUUGAAAUAAUCGUUGCUAAAUAUUUCAUAACGGUAAUGCUGUAGAAUUGUAUCAUAUUCUAGUAGGUGGUCGCUCAAAUGUGGCCGAACAUGGAUAUUUUAAAUCUUGCCAGAACAUUUUUUCCUAUUUCAAAGAUACUGAUGUUAUUAGAACUGGUGUUUUUUUUUUCCUUUUGGCUUUGAAAGUUUGAUAAUCCUGUAAUCAUUUGGAAGGCGUUGAAUGAAAUUUGAUGUCCUUUUUAAUAAUCGGAUGCCACAUUUGUAAAGUUUAAUAUUUGGUCGAAUAGAUUUGCCAAUGCGGGGUCAGGAUCACUUAUGCCGAGGUUGGUUACUUCGAUCUUUGGGUCACGAAUGGUUUGACCGAGGAUUCAGAUUAUCGAGAGCCAAGUGGUGCAUCAUGAGAGCUAAAGGUUUGACCCGGGGUUAAAUGGUGUGACCUGGGUUUUGCCCAAAGUCAGAUCGAUCAACCAAGAGUCAGAUAUUUGGAUGGUUUACCCCAAGCACAAACACCUUGCUUGAAGUUGAUUGCCAGAACAGGUUACCAAAAUGCCUUGAAAUGCUUGUCACCAUUUGUCAUUUAAGGACACAAAUUCACUCCAUGGCUCCACAUGCCGCCUUCUCCCCACUGCCAAGUGCCAGGAUGGGCUGCUUUUGUCAGAUUUAAAGUCUUCAUUGGAUAGAAUUUGUGUGAUCAAAAACACAAGUUAACGUUUCGGUACGCACAGGACUUGCACACUGACUGCACAUGCACUGAUUAACCCAUACUUUCCUCUAUCCCACCAGACUGAAGACUGCUACAGUUCGUAGCAAGCAGACCACAAUGCUUCCCAACAUCUGUACUUCCUGCACAAAAUUCUGUGCGAAACGGUUUAAUGGUCCAUCCGUCGUGUCCUGGGGUCAUGAUGUUUGACCCGGGGGUCACAGACCUGACCUCAAGACAUGAUUUGAAUCAAGCGCUCCAUUUUUUCAAAGUGGCAGUGUCAUUUGGCAUUCAAGCCAAUCAAACCCGGUCCCAACUAUCACCUUGCCAAAAAAUUAGUCACUUCACUAGACAUGGUUAUGUAUCCAUGUCUCAGUUUCUGGAAGCUUCCUUUCGGAGAUUUUACACCUGUUCUGAAUUUACCUUCAAUCCCCUGUAGAGGCUUUGCGUGGUGGCCAUCUUGCAGGGCAGCUCUUUUGUUCCACAGGGAAACCUUUUGUGUGCACACCCUGUGGGACAAUAGAACCGGCCUUCAAGAAGGCAGCCAUGCAAACCCUCUGUAUUCACCCAAAGUUGAGUCAAAUCAGGGUCAACUUUGCAGCAGACUCCCAAAAAGAAAUGAACUCUUGGCGGAACUUGAAAUAAAUUUCAAAGUUGUAUCUUUUGAAACUAGGCCUGUACAUAUUGUACUCCAGAAAAUAUUUGUGCAGCUUAAAACAAUGCAUUCCGUUUAUAGCAUACCUAGGUACAAAAUUUAUAUUCAGUUUUUGACUGACAGUAAAACAGUUGGGUCAUUAAAACAAAAUUUAAAAGAUUGCA